CACACCACUACUACCAGGCUCCUCAUCUCCAUAUCUGGCUAUAACUGCAAGGCGAAGGCGGCAGCCAUUAUAGCAAUAUGGCUGAGACGCGCACAACAAGGGCCAGAGCGGCGCAAGCAGCGGCCGUGGUUGAAACGCCUCCCCCGAAGUCCAACCCUUUGAAGCGACGGAGGAAAGAUCUGGAAGUCACACCAAUCGUAUCAACACCAGUCGAUGGUCUGAAGCCAGCCCAGGAAUCUCUACCGAUAAAAUUGGUUGACGGGCAGCCUCUGCCAACGCUCAGUCAACCUCAGCCCGCCGAUCUGCCUUCCGACGAGUACCAGUCUAUCAUCCAAAGUGGUGUCCUUAAUGCAUCCCUCAAACGAUCGCGAGAAGUCUGGCUCAGCGGCUGCCACUUCAAGAAAUACUAUACCAAGCCUACGGCGGUCAAGAAACUGAAGGAGCGUAGCAAAGAGGACAAGGAUGCAAUAGCGAGGGAUAAAUUGCUUCUCAGGUCCAUGAUAAAGAUUGGAGAUGCCAACUUCACCGUGGACCCACACAUCUUCACUGUAUCAGUCUACACCAUCAAGGACAUCGCCCCACCAGCUCCGAGAUACACUCCGCAAUACGGCUCUAUGUUCACCUACCAGUCACCGCACCCUCCUGCCACGCCCCAGUACAAGCCUCCCGUUAGCCAACAGCCGAGACCAACUCCAAUACCACAGAAGCAAUCCGUUGCGCCUAGUACACCCACUCCAACCCCAGGUGCUCCUACGUCUGCAGCCGCGGGAGUGCAGGCUGCUCCAGACCCCGUCAUCCACAUGCUGGCACAGCGAGCAGGCACGGAUCCAGAACUGAAGUCUGUUAUGAAGAUUGUAGCACGCGGCGAAGCUUCUCCGGAACAACUCGAAUUCUUUCAAGGUCACAUCAACGGAUUAACCAAGAUUCUUGAAGCGCAGAAAGCUGCGCAGGCAAAGCAAGCAGCAGCAGCUCCUCCCGCACCUGCCCCUCCUCCGCCACGUCCAACUCCGGCACCAGUCCCAGUUGCACAGGCAACGCCAACACGGCCAAGUCCAGCCACGCCAGCGAUUUCUUCGCCUGCAGCCGUCCCAUCCGCAUACACACCUCAAACUCCGUAUAACGCCUAUGGCACACCUCAAGCACCCCACAAUAGCCCAUAUGGCCCCCCAGCCCAACCCCAAAAACCUACCUUGCGUCCGAUCGUCUUCGAGUUCCACGAGAACAACGCAGACAAGCUAUACUUCCCUGAGCACAGCAUACUCGAGUUCCUCCCGGGCGGUCGUCAGCUACGAGCAUCGUUCCUGGUCACCAAAACCCAGGAGCAGCUCGACGCAGCUAAGAAAGGCAGCGCUGAGCCAACGCCGACCCCCAAGCCAACCAAAGCAGCACCAAAAGGCGCUCUUGCGGCCGCUAAUGGCGCGAAUUCAACUUCUCCCAAUAACACAGCCAACGCGAUCAAGGAUCAAGAGAAGGUCGAGAAGGAGGAGCCGAAGGUGGUCCUCUACCAGCCCGUCACCGCCCUCGUCGCGGCCAACGACCCCCGCGUGAUCGAAUGGUUCGCUCGCGCCGUGCACACGCCCGAAGUUGUCGAGAAGUACAUGAACGAGGUCUUCGAUACCGCAAAGCCCGCCGAGGAGUCAUAUCUAGCACUCCGGCUUCCCCGCGACGCGGCAGUAGGCGAGCGAGGACGGGACCGGACGGCGUCGCCGCAAACACCGGUAGUAGAGGCGCGGCCGGAGCGCAAGAAGAUGCCAGUGGGGAGGCCGAGGAAAGUGAGUCUGCCUCAAUGAAGAUGGGAGUAGUGAUGGGGAUUAGGCGUUUCUAGCAUUGCAUGGUUAAUUAUAGUCACGAUAUCAAGAUAGUGGAGUUACCAAGUUUGAAUUUCAAGAUUCUGAAUUUUUGAAGACAUUCCCGCGACAGCUUCUUGCGCUGUGCGAGCGUAUGUAUGCACAUUGUAGUUCCCAAACUCCAACCCCAGAAAUGCCCAAGA